AAAUGUACCUCUGAUGCUGGGCCGGCUAAGCGGGCUGUCCCAGGGGCCCGGCCCAGCACCAGGUCCAACCGGCCUGAUUGACAGGCGCAACGCCAAUCUGCCUGGCACAAGCGCCGCACCACUUCCAGGGGCGACAUGGUCCUGCUACGGCACAGGAAAGGAGACUUCGGGCAAACGUUUCCACCUAAACAUAUUGUUUCAACCCCAUUGUUUGCGGAUGUUAAGAGUGUUGUGUAUUCCACAUGUGAUUGGCUGGAGGUUAACAGAGGAGACUGGGUGGCCAUUUUGGAUUGCCAGACCGGUGCAGUGAAGGGCCCAGGGGAGAUCGUCACUGAGCAGGCCAGAUCCAGUAGCGACAUAGUCGAGGUCUGUGGAUGGGACAGCGUCCUCAACUCUGGGCCUGGGAUCAACACUGUUAACCACAACCAGAAACAAACAGCCGAACACAAAACCACAACUGAACUUAGUCUCCAUGACAACAGACUGGCUGAGACGACAGCGAGGCGUAGAUUUGGUCUGCAGGGACGGGGAGGUGUCCGUAUGCGGUUGGAGAGAACAGACACAGACUCGGCUAGCGAUGCUCCGUCCUGCUUCUAUAGUUGUGAUUCAGAGAGACUGAUGGCGCCUCAGGUUAACCCCCUAACAGAUGCUGCCUUCAGCCUGCCUUCUAUAGGAUCUAUCAACUGGAACAUGGACCCUGUGACAACACAGACACUCCCUGGCCUUCAUCCUCCUCACACUCUCCUAAUGUUAAACCAGACCUCAGACAAUUCUUCAACACUAAAUGGCUACACAAGCCCAUUGACAAAUGACAGUAGUAGAGACGGAAUCAGUAAAGAAAAGCGCUUCCCGUGUUCGUUCUGUGGGAAAGCUUUCAGUUUCCCCAAACAGGUGGAGAUCCACCAGAGGAUACACACGGGGGAGAAGCCAUUCGGCUGUCACCUGUGCCGUGCCCGUUUCUCCCGAUCGACCCACCUGAAGAGGCAUCAGAGGGUCCACACAGGAGAGAAACCCUACAGCUGCCCCCAGUGUGAGAAGAGGUUCUCCCACCAGCACAAUAUGAAAGUGCACCUGAAGGUCCACACGGGAGAGGCCGUUCGCCUGUACGCACUGCGGGAAGAGGUUCUCAGAGAGGAGACACGUCAGGAUACACCAGCAGAAAAUGCACAAGACACAUGUCUACCGUAUAGGGACAUGUAAUGUAGUAUAAGCAUUUUGCUACACCUGCAAUAACAUUGCUAAACACGUAUGUGACCAAUAUAAUUUGAUUGGAUUAUUUAGUGCUAGUUAGUUUGGGAUGUAGUAGGGAACCGGAUGAGGUAAACUGAGGAAAUGAGUGUGAUGAGGCAGAGUAGAUGAUAUGGUGUCUGUAAAAGUGCUUCGCUGAUGUAAAGUGAUAACCUUGUCCUGUUUUUGUGCAAUGUAAUGUUUUAUCCUUUUCCAAAGUAUUCUAAAAUGUAUUUUAUUAAAGCGAGGGUGCUAGAUGUACGGUAAGUGUUACCAUAGUGGGAACGGUUAUUAAACUUGUCACACGUAUCAUUUUGUGCAAUAAAAGUACUGAACUUUA